AUGAUGGCUAUGGCAGCGAAAGCUUAUUCACCCUUUAUGAUGGCCGCCCAGAAGCCCACCAAAACCCUCAGCUCUAGAAAGAGUACACCCACGGUGAAACUAUUGACGCGGGUCGAGCAGCUCCGCCUACUGAGCAAAGCCGAGAAAGCCGGUCUCUUGUCGGCUGCUGAGAGUUUCGGACUAUCUCUGUCCACAAUCGAGAGGCUCGGGCUCCUGUCGAAAGCGGAAGAGUUGGGGGUCCUAUCGGCGGCUACUGAUCCCGGGACCCCUACUGCUCUACUUAACCUCAGCCUGGCGCUUCUUGUGGUGGGGCCCGUUUUCGUGUAUGUCGUGCCCGAGGAUUACCCUUGGGAGAUUGGUUUGCAGGUUAUUGUUGCUUUGUUCUCUGUGGUUGGAGGCUCUGCUGCUUUUGCUGCGUCGAAUCUUGUAUCCACUUUGCAGAAAUCAAAUUAG